GUUUUUUUCCCUCUCCUUGGAGGCGCGAGUUUGCAGGAUGCUGUUGGGCUAGAAAGCCGGUGAAAUUGCCAGCCUGGGAAUCUCCUCCGGAGGCGACCAAAAACAGCUACGCUAAAGGAGUAGAAAACGUUCCCAGGAACUUUGGGAGCACAUAAAAUGGCGCUCGCGGGUUGCCGAUUUUUUUUUUGAAGGAAGGAAACUGCCACCCACGUGACACUGCCGUGCGAAGGCUGCCCUAAUUUGCUAGAACCUUCGAAAUGCUGUAAUUUAUAUCUGCUGAAAGCCACCCUGGGACUAUCUGGCGAAGGGCAGGGAGGAAUUCCACUUAUCUUCCAGAAACUCUCCGCCAUGCCCUCUGGCCUCCUCUUUGGAUGAUGGUUUUGAAGAACAGGCCAAUUGUUGAGUACCCUGGAAGUUGCUAUUGAAAUAUUGGCAGGACCAACCUUUGUAUAUCACUUGCCAGGUGGGGCAAGCAACCCAAGGCCUGGACAAUAUCAGCAGGCACAUAGCUGUGAGAUUUGGAUUUCCUAAAAGCAAAGAGCAGAUAUGGAGAAAGCUUUGGACAGCUCGGGUAAAGUCCCCCAAAUUGUACAGGUUAUGUACUUUAAAGGGCCCCCAAGGCCUGUUUCUCAGCUGCCUGAAACUGGGCUACCCCAGCAACAGGAAACUCAGUGGCAAGAAUUCCUGAAUGCACUGCAGCCACCUAAUGCAGGAAGGGCAAAUUCAUUGCCUACGGAGCAGGUGCCAUGGGACGACGCCAGGACAUUCCUCUCCGCCUUUGAGCAAGUUGCCGAAGCCUGCCGGUGGCCGCGAGAAGAGUGGGUGGGCCGCCUCCUGCCGGCGCUGCGAGGCGGCGUGGAGCAUUUCUUUUGCCAGCUGGAUCCCAGGGACAGGACUGACUUCCUGAAGGUGAAGAUCGCUCUCCUUCGAGCAGACGCCAUCCGCAGGGAGUCUAAGCGCCAGCACUUCCGACAGUGCCGCUACCAGGAGCUGGAAGGGCCGCGAAGAAUUUACAGCCAGCUGAAAGAACUCUGUCGCCAAUGGUUGAAGCCGGACAAGUACACAAAGGACCAGAUCCUGGAGAUGAUAAUCCAGGAGCAGCUCCUGGCCAUGUUGCCACCUGAAGUCCAGAGCUGGGUGAAGGAGUGUGGGCCGGAAGACUGUGUUGAGAUGGUGGCACUGGCAGAGGAUUUCCUGAUGGGGCGCCGCUCUGCCAGGUCAUGGGUCAGGCAGGUGCCAGGCACAAGCUCCCUGGAGGCAGAGGUGCCUCUGUCAGAUGCCGCUCAAAGACAGCUCUUCACGGGGGUCAGCCCGAAUGUCAUGUCUGCAAUGGCCAAUGAAAUGGCAUCCAUGAGGAACUCUGCUAUGUCAGUACCUCCUGUAUUAACUCCCGAAGGACAGGGAAUGACUGGUGUUGGGCCAGCUGAGGAGCCUGAGGAUGUGAAGAAUGUGCUACCCCACCAGAAUCCUCUGCACUUAGCAGCAAUGCAGGAGAACGGAAGUAAUGCCAGUAUUUCUGAGGGGCUUCUGUUUCCCACACCUGAGAUGAACCCUCUACCUCAACAUCAGAAUUCCAUUUUCCCCCAGCAAAUGGACUGUGGAGAGACUAUACUGGGCAGGCUCUUAGGCAAUGGACUUCGAAACGAGAUCAAAAUGGAGAAUUCUGAUGAUGAUUUGGAGACGGAAUUCAGCUUUGAGGGCUUACCAGAUGGAGCUCCCGAGGAUGAUUCGAAUACCGAGGUUUCUGACCCAAGUCCUGAGGAGAAACAAGAUGAGCAGACGGGAAAACGUAAACGGAAGAGGAAAUGUGUGAGGAGGAAAGGCAGAUAUUACCCCAAGGAGAAAAAGCACACUUGUCCUGAGUGUGGGUACAUGGCCUAUUACCUUUCAGAAAUGGUUAGACACAUAAAAACCCACUUGACGAAAGGGGCCUACAAGUGCCUAGAGUGUGGGAUGACCUACAAAGAGAAAUCAUCUCUGGAGGCUCACCAGCAAGUCCACAUAUCCCAAGGUGAUGCCAGCAGCAGCCAAAGUUAUGGGGCAAUGACCUCAAGUGCCCCGAUGGGUAAAGAGCAUACAUGCCCCACAUGUGGACUGAGCGAAGCUACACCAGAGAGUCUCUUUGAGCAUAUGAUAGCCCACCUAGAGGAGAGGCCUUUCAAGUGUCCAGAAUGUGACAAAACCUUCCGGUAUAAGUCACAUCUUGCUCUUCACCAGGAGAUGUUACACUUGCAGCAAACAAAUGUUUCAGCUUAUCACAAGACGCCCAGAGUCGCCCCUGGGCCAAGCAUGGCUGAAAACGCUCCUCUGCUGCUGCAGCCCCUGCCUACUGCUUCGACAAGCGCCGAGACCUAUGGCGGUAGCUCCCCUUCAAAGCUGCUCUUGAGCAAACCCGAAGGAGAGCCUCUUUCUCGCUAUGGGACAAAAACGGUGAAGGUGGUGCUGACCAAGUUUGCUAAACUCUGCAAUGGGAGGAAGCACACCUGCCCUGAAUGUGGGUUUGUCUCUGAAAGCUUAGCAGGCAUCAUUCAACACAGGAGAGUCCACACGGAGGAGAUGCCCUAUAAAUGCAACAGAUGUGGGAAAUGCUUCAAGUCAUCGUCACACCUCAAUAAACACUGCAGCAGAAAUACAUGCCAGCAAAACAGCCUUGCUCCGGGUACCUUUCUCGAAGAGAGUCAGAUGUCAUACGAAGGUGUUGAGGACUCUCUGCCCACAAUCAAAACGGAGGAAGAAGAGUUUGAGAUAUCCCCAGGUCUUCCAUUGAUUCACGAACCUGCUUUGAGUGAACACCCAGGAGAGAGUAGUUUGUCCAGGUUAGCUGCCAUGGCAAGUUCAGUUAAGUGUCAGAAAAAGCAACACACUUGCUCACAAUGUGGAUACAAGGCAAGGAGUUUAACAGACCUUGUUUGCCAUAUGAGGAAACAUACUGGAGAAAAGCCCUACAUGUGCCCUCGGUGUGGAAAAACCUUUGCAUGGCAAAAGAGCCUUAAGAAACACUUGGAAUGUCUUUCCUGCUCAAUAAAGAAGCCUCUUCCUGGCACCUCUGUUUCCAGUACCCCUUUGGUUCCCCAGGUUCAUGUGGCGGAAUGUGACGUAACGCUUAGUGAUGAGGAGGAGUUAAUUAACAUCCUGGCGAAGAAAGCUCCGAAAAAAGUAGUGAAAGUGCAGGAACUCCCCAGAAAACCUUCGGGUGGCGGUUCUCUGGCUCAAGGUCAGCAAGAAUCGUCUCGCUGCCGAGAAGCCAGGGCUGCCAAGAGGAGCAGGUAUGCACGGAUGGAUAAGAAAUACCAGUGUCCUGAAUGUGAGCACAGAUCAUACUAUCUCUCCGACCUGCUGAGACACCAGAAAAGCCACGGAGGCGAGAAGCCCUACAAGUGCCCCGAAUGCUGGAGAGCUUUCUCUGAGCCCUCUGCCUGCAGCAAACACUACAAAACAGUCCACCAGCCUGACGGUCAUUCUGGCUGCAGGAAGAAGCCCGGCAACAGAGCACGGAGCCUUCAAAAGGAGAAGAAGCACACGUGCCCCAAAUGUGGGCACGAAACCUACAAAUUGUCAACCCAUCUUAUCCAUAUGAAAAGCCACGCGGGUGAGGGACCUUUUCCCUGUGACAAGUGCGGGGAAAACUUCAGUUAUAAAUCGAAUCUUUCCCGGCACAAGAAGAUCCACGAGAGAGAGAUCUCCAAUGCCAAAAAACUCUCUGCACACCAGCAAAUUGCUAAAGGCAACAUGAUGACUGUGGAACUGAAACCUCUGAAAGUGCCAGUACUGAGCCACAUGGACAAUGCCAAGCUGGCUGAGCUCCGGGGACGAUGGGGCCUUUGCAGACAGGAAAGGGGAGAACAAGCAGAAGGGCCUGUUGCCUCCGCCGAGGGUGCUUCCACUGCUGAGGGUGCCUCCGCCGAGGGUGCUUCCAUUGCCGAGGGUGAUUCCGCUGAGGGUGCCUCCACCGAGGAUGCAAAGAGUGAAUCAGCCAAGGAUGCUGAGGCUGAGGCUGCAGAACUUGAGCUAGCAGAGAUUAAAGCAAAAGUCCGAGCGAGGCUGGAAAGGUUUGCAUAUUCCAAAGGCGGGGAGACAAAUCCCUGCCCGUCGGAGCCGGACACCAGCCAGACUGCCCCAGUGGAAGAGAAGCCACAGCCUCCCGAAAGUUCUGAAGGCGAGAAGCCACUGCCUCCUGAAAGUUCUGCAAGUGAGAAGCCACUGCCUCCCGAAAGUUCUGCAAGCGAUAAUCCACUGUCUCCCGAAAGUUCUGCAAGUGAGAAGCUACUUCCUCCCGAAAGUUCUGCAAGCGAUAAUCCACUGCCUCCUGAAAGUUCUGCAAGCGAGAAGCCACUGUCUCCCGAAAGUUCUGCAAGUGAGAAGCCACUGCCUCCUGAAAGUUCUGCAAGUGAGAAGCCACUGUCUCCCGAAAGUUCUUCAAGUGAGAAGCCACUGCCUCCCGAAAGUUCUGCAAGCGAGAAAUUCUCCGAGGGUGAGCCCUCCUUAGCUGACCAACAGAGUACCAACACAGGGGAGGGGCUCCAUGAGUGCGAGGAGUGUGGGGAGCGCUUCAUGUUGAGGGCCACGCUGCUCUGCCACCGGGCCACACACACGGAGGCAAGACCAUACCUCUGCUCCCAGUGUGGGCAGGGUUUCAUUCGGAAGGAUUCCUUGGAAGCCCACGAGAAGACUCACUACUUUGAGUGCAGCAAGCGCUUUGAUGAAUGAGCUGGCAGGGCCUCAUAGGGCAGGAUUGGUUAUCAAGGGUGAUGCUGAAUUGUUAGCUGAGGAGAGGAGAUGGGAAAUAGCGGCACAGCUGCGAAGGAAAGACUUAGGACCCAUCUCCAGCCCAGUUCAGACAGUUAUAUAGACUUGCCCCGAGUUGUCCCACUGACUGUUGCAGUAAGUUUGGGGCAGUGGCCUUCCAGAUGUUGAGGGACUUCCCAAACCCCUUGCCAUUGACCAUGUCAGCUGCAUGGACUGAUGAUAAAUGGAGUUCAGUGACACCUUGAGGGCCACAGGUCCCCCACUUGUGAACUAUCCUCUCCUAAGGAGGCUUAACUGGGGGGUGGGGUGGAAUAUAAU